AUGCAAUUGAUUUUUCGAUCUCUUCACUCGGAGUACUUGUCGUAUGCGCCUCUCUCCUACAUAUACUACAGCUCUGGUCGUCGGGCGCGUGCGCCGCAGUCGCUGCGCGCGAGUGUGAGUGCGUGCGCACUCGCCACCGCUCAUGCUCAUGUCGUCGCUCCCAUAUUGUUAGUAGUUAGCACGUUCGUAGUCGUCGAUUAAGAAGUAUAUGUUUAACAAUUGUCAUCGGAAACAUCAAAGACUUGUCAUAUGUAUGAUUGAACAAUCAAAUCUUUACCUUGUUCAACUCCUCCGAGCUUUGGAAGCCAUGCUAAACCGUUGGUCUCGGCAGCAUCUGCAAUUUUAGCCCCCAUCAACUUGCUAUGCCCGCGUGGUGGCUUAUGGCUCGGUCUCUCUGUGUUUUUUAUACGUGGAAGGUCUGUGCUCGAGCUGAGGAAAUAUUAUAGGCUAAAGAUCACGACGAACUUGGCUAGUGAUAGUUGUAUGUGAUACAGCGCAAUGUUGUCGGCGGCUGGUGGUCCGUGCGCCUGGUUGUCUCUCUGUGUGUCACGAGACACAACUACCGCGGCGCUGUGUCUCGCCACCAGCUACGUGGUAUCCAUGGCGGCCGCGCCCACAGCACUUUAUAUCAUAUGUGGGUUUGCCCCGACACCAGCUUUGGGCCAAUCGAUAUGGCCAGCUCUAUGCACUCUGCCUCCAUUUAUCGGUGGUGUGCUGUACACAAGAUUGUUGCACAAAUACAACAUACAAUGCGAGAACAUUGGCAUGCAUCAGAAAACAAUGGACCCUAUUUGUGAGAAAUUGUGUGAACAUGAAUUACGCGAUUGCCCACAUCAAUUGCCAGACUGCACUCAGACAUGUGCGUCAGUGGCGAAAAUUUGUGCACUGGUGCUGUUAUAUUUUGACUGCUGCGAGAGACUGUGGGAUGUCGAGGGCAGUCUACAUAUUGUACAUGUGCUCGGUACUAUGACGUUCGCGGUGGUGUACGUAUGUUUGAGUGCAGUGUCGUGGUGCGUGUACGCGCGUGGGGGGCUCGCCGGUUCUAGCGCGCGCACACUCGCCGUCUGCGCCGUACCUAAGGCGUUACACACCGGGUGGGAGGCGCCGGCGGCGUGUGCGGCGCGCGGGGCGGGGCGGCUGGCGGCCGCCUUCGUGGCGCCCGCGCAGGCGCUGCUCGUGGCCGCGCUCGCCGCCCCGCGCUGA